AUGAUGACAGCUUCGCUGUCCACGCCACACAGAGCACGGGAUCACAAGCCCUAUGAGAGCCAGGAUCGUGUCAUCCUGCAUUUUGAUUACGACUGCUUCUACGCAAGUGUAUUCGAAAAUGAAAAUCCUUCGCUGAAAUCACUCCCAGUCGGGGUAAAACAGAAAAGCAUCCUGGCAACCUGUAACUACGUUGCCAGGGGGAAAGGUGUCAAGAAGUUGAUGCUCAUCUCUGAGGCUCAGAAGCUGUGCCCAGACCUAGUUCUGGUCAACGGUGAGGACCUGACCAAAUUCCGGGACGCAUCCAAAAAGCUCUGGGGUUUCCUGCGGUCACACUCAUGGAAUAAGAGAGUCGAACGUCUCGGGCUCGAUGAAGUUUUCAUGGACGUUUCUGACAUCAUCUCAUACAACGAACAACUACUCAAUCCGAACUCCUUGGCCGAGUCUUUUUUCCAGCUUUCCGACCAGGACCCCGAGAAAGGUUUCACGUUUGACGCAACCUCCUUGUUCGGAUGCACUUAUCCAAGUCAGCCAAGCAUACAGGAGGAGACUUGGGGUAGCCCGCUCUAUGUACGCCUAUUGCUGUCUUCCCACCUGGCCGGCUAUCUGCGACAUAAGCUGGAAGAGGACUUUGGGUACACGUCGACAUGUGGUGUGUCAACCAAUAAAACCCUAGCCAAGUUGGCCGGGACUAAGAAUAAACCUAAGAACCAGACAACGCUCAUGAGUCUGACAGGUGAGGUCGUACAGCGUUUCAUGGACGAGCACCAAAUCAAAAAGAUCCCCGGUAUGGGCUUCAGAACUUCACAUCUCGUUGAGAACCAUGUCUUGUCCAGGACAUCAGAAGCCAUCCCCCAUGAUGACGAGCACUCGGCCAAGAUUACCACACGCGAAGUCCUUGAGCAUCCCUCUAUGUCCUCUGCAGUGCUUGAAAAGGUUCUUGGAGGGCCUGGCACAGAACAUGGUAUCGGAUUGAAAGUGUGGAAUCUCCUUCAUGGUAUUGACAACGCUGCGGUGAAAGAGGCCAGUGAUGUGCCGAGCCAGAUCAGUAUUGAAGAUACGCGUUUGCACAACGAACGACAGGGCUGGAACCUUGCUCUCAUCAAUAUUUGCGUCACGAAUAUGGUCUUGACUGGCAACGAAGAUGGGAUAGGUGGGGGGCGAGACAUCUCAGUAAUGUUCCGAACCCAAGACGCGAAGCUCAAGGAGUUUACCGUCUAUGACAAUUCUCCACAAGCCAAUCCAUAUGUUGCAGACGCAAGUGGCCUCGAAUGCAUGAAGCAAACCCCACAAGAACAGAGCAAACAGGACAGCGAUAUCGAAUCGGUCGGGUGGGAAGAAGAGGAUGGGUACACACACGUCUGCCCUCUUUGUGGUAACACCAUUCCGCAGUUCGCCCUACCAGCCCAUGAACGGUUUCACGCCUUGGGCGAAUGA